CACUGCUCAGUCGACUACAACACCUUCGCCGGCUAAUAUCAUCUCACGCGCUGUGCUGUCUGGCCGGUAACAUCAUGCCUGACGCCAAGGAGGACACUGCCGAAGAAAUAAAAAUGCAACAGAAGUCGAAGAAAGACAAAAGUCCAGUCGAUCUGGUGCAAGAGGCAAUGGGAAGCCUGGGACCGUGGCACAUCGUCAUAGCCGUUGCACUUUCUUUGGUCAAAUUUCCCGUAGCUUGGCAUCAAUUGUCGAUCGUUUUCUUGGCACCACCGAUUGAUUUCACCUGUACUUAUCCGAAACCUGCCAACAUGAGUGAAGCGCUGGAACGCAAAUGCGAAGUCGACGUCGGAAAUGGCACUAUUGAGAAAUGCACCAAGUUUUUCUACGAUAGAACUAUUUUCAAGGAGACCAUCAUCACGCAGUGGGAUUUAGUGUGUGAUAGGGAGCAAUUAGCAAAUUUUGCUCAAACAUGUACCAUGCUGGGAAUUUUAGUUGGAAAUAUGAUAUUCAGCGCCAUGUCCGAUAGAGUCGGACGAAAAAUCCCUCUCAUGAUUGCAAUUCUAUUGCAAUCAGUGACUGGAUUUUUGACGAUAUACUCACCCUGGUACGAAAUGUUCUUAACAUUUAAGUUCAUUUCUGCCUUAGCCACUGGAGGCACUAUGCUUAUCAGUUUUGUUUUGUUGAUGGAAAUCGUGGGACCAAAAUGGAGAUCAAGUUUAUCAGUUCUCUUCCACGUACCAUUCUUGCUUGGAUUUUUACUGAAUCCUUUGGUAUCUUAUCUCACACGCACGUGGACAGGAUUUCAAAUGGCCGUGUCGAUACCACCGAUUUUGUUACUUUCCUAUUAUUGGAUCGUUCCCGAAUCGCCUCGAUGGUUACUUGCGGUGGGCAGGACAAGCGAGGCAGAAGUGAUAUUAACGAAGGCCGCGGAAAAAAAUAGAAUCUCGCUAAGUAAAGUUGCACUGGCCAUUGAAGAUCAUCGGAAUCAAGCGAAAAUACGCACGGACAACACCAAGAAAUUCAAUGUGACACAUUUAUUCCGUAGUCCGAAUUUGUGCGUCAAAACGCUGUGCAUCUGCGUUAAUUGGUUCGUCUGUGGCAUGUCCUUCUUUGGUCUGGCGCAAUAUAUUGGCCAACUCGAUGGAAACAUUUUCAUCAACACUGCUGUGUCAGCGGCUGUCGAGCUACCAGGCACACUGAUCGUUUUGUUUUUGAUUUCUCGCUACUCGAGACUACGUAUUCUCAUCGGAGGCAAUAUCGUUUCGGGAGCGAUGUUGCUCAUAACGAUGUUCGUUCAAGAUCCAACGAUACGCGUGACACUGGCAACAAUUGGCAUUGCUGGUAUGUCGAUAUCAUUCCCAACCGUUUAUUUAUACAGCAGCGAAGUUUUCCCGACUGUCGUGAGAAACGUUGGUAUCGGUGCUGGUAGCAUCUGCGCGAGAGUUGCCAGUAUGCUUGCGCCAUACAUCGCUACUAUGGGUAACGUACAGCCAUGGUUACCGCCGCUAUUUUUCGGUAUAGGACCGGUAAUUGGAGCUGGCUUGUGUUUCUUAUUACCAGAGACUAUGAACUGUGAAUUGCCGGAGACGAUAGAGGAUGGUGAAAACUUUGGAAAGAAGAUGCCGAGAAAAAGCAUCGCUUGAAAACUUACACAAAAACAGAUAAUCAUCUAAACUUCUUUUCUUAUUAUGAAUUCCUCUUCAAAUGCAAUUGCCUUCAUUCCUAUUACAUAAAAAAGUGGAUAUUUUAUUGAGUU